AUGGCUAUGGGGCGGGAGAGGCGCAUCAAGCUUCUCAUGGCAGUUGUCCUGCUCCUCACCUUGGCGAAAGGGAGCAGCUGCAACAAGACAUGCACCGUGGCGGACCUGGAGAUACGGCAUAUCCGGGUCGACAGCUACAAGCAGGACGGCGGCCGCACGCACGAGCAAGAGCAGGAGCACAUGAACUCCGGCGGCGGCGGCGGCGGGCGCAAGCUGAAGCAGCUGCCGAUGGUCAUGGCGGCGUGGGUGUACAACCACUGCCCGUGCAUGGUGGACAACGUGGUGACCUACGCGCCCGACGGCUUCUCCACCAUCUACGCCAACGGGACCGACGAGAGGAUCUUCUCCAAGGUGACGGAGCACCUCUACCUCAUCCACCACGCCGGCCCGCUCCUGCCGGCGGCGAGCUGCCCCCGUUUUCCCCCCUCGCCGCCCGAGAACACAUCUGCCUCUGCCGCCGUCCCGGUCGAUGGGAAGGCGCAAACUGAAGAUUUCAGCUGCCCGUCGACCGCUUUCUUCUACACCUGGUACGAUGAGAUCGAGCUCAAGCCUGCCUUCCUCGUGCCUCACUGCUAG